AUGGCGAGACCAAACGAGCCUCCUAUGCCGCUGAGGCGUAUCAAAAAAGUGGUUUCAACAUCCACUCCAAGUGAGCCAACGAGUUCCACUCCACCCAUUCAAGUUGCUCCUUCAAUAAGAGUGAAUUCCCAAAGCACCACUGUCGAGGAAGGAGGGAACGUGAUAUUCACCUACACUGCAACAGUAACAUCUGCUAAACUAGACCACGGUGGAAAUUAUACUUGUGUCGUGCAGGACUCGAGUAGCUCGGGAACUUGGACAUCCGCAAGAGUUAUUGUCCAUAUAAGGUAUCCUGAGACAUGCAGCAGUGUGAAAACAAAUGUAGCUUACGUCAGUGGUCAUUACGUCAUCGAUUCUGAUGGUUUCGGGAGUACGGCUCCGUUUGAUGUCUACUGUAACAUCACCGACAAAGGAGGCAUUGUAGUGACAACUGUCAGUCAUGAAAAAGAAAACAGAACCCAUGGGGACGGUUGCGACGAGGAAGGAUGCUACAAACGCGACGUGACAUACAUGGGAGCCAGUCUCUCCCAGCUAACAGCUCUAACAGAUGCGUCUUUACAUUGUGAGCAGUUUAUCAGCUAUGAAUGUUUUAAUGCCAAGCUCCUUCGUCAUCGGAAGGGCUGGCGGGUGUCACGUAAUGGCGUAAAAAUGAAAUAUUGGGGUGGCGCUGAAAAUAAGGAAGGUUAAUGUGCGUGUGGCGUUACACAAACCUGUGUAGACGAAAGCUGGAAAUGCAACUGCGAUGCAAUUGAAAAAAGUUUGGCGUGAAGAUAGGUGAGGAACGGACAAAACUCACCUUCCAGUGUCCCAGUUAAGGUUUGGAGACACAGCAGGCAUAUUGGAGGAAGGAUAUUACAUUCUAGGCAAGCUGAAAUGCUACGGUACAGCGUGAAUAUGGUUUUGUUGCCACAGAAACAAGACGGUGGUGUUUUGGCUUUGGGGUGAACUACUUAUAUGGUUGCGGUACUAUCCAGUUAGAGUUUCUUUCAAGAACGUUACGCUUAUCUCUUAGAAUGCCAAUUUCAAUUUGCAAUUUAAAGCAUCUUCUUUCACCGCGGGACGGAACCAGUGAACACAUGUUGUUCAUAUAUCUCGAAAUUGAUCGUCACAAGCACAAUACAAAUUUAAAAUGAAUCAAACAUUGACUGUUUUGACGCUCACUAAGUAGUGUGCAAAACUGCACAUUUAUUUUUCCCGUGUUGAGCUGUAUUGAACACCUGGCCGCAAAAUCUCCGCCAAAAUGUAGGUCAUCAGGAGUAGUCGAAUUUUUAACAGAAACUUGUUAUUCAGUCGAUGAAGUCAGGAAAUUGUCAGUUAUGUUAAAGGAUAUAAAAAAGAAGACACCUCUCAAAGUUUUAAGUCUUUGCGAUUUCCCAAACUUCAGAUAUUCGUCACAGGGAAC